AUGGGUGUCUUGUGUCUGAUGGUUAAAAGCAUUCGGCUGCGCACUCCGGCUCAAUUCCCGUUACUCCUUUCUGUUAGAUCAUCUGAGACACCAUUGGUUGGAUUGGAUCACCAGUUUCACACCAUGGAGACGCCUUCUCCGCACCACCUACAUUUGUUCUGCGGCGUGUGCACCCAAGAUUUCACAAAUUGUGACUCGGUCGUCAUAGGGCACGGAGAAAUUGCGAAGCCGUCCUCGGCCACAUGGACAACGCACAGAGUCGACCAUCCGAAGCAGCAAUCAGCAUGUCGCAGAAUCAAUAAGCGGCUGUGCUUACAUGCCACUUGCCAGAGCUGUCCAUCUGACUGCCAAAGUGUUACUGCGCACCUGGAAUGUUAUAAGACAUGUUUAAAGAUGGUAAAACGCGUGGUGAACGAAGCGAGCUGGGACUUUGCGGAUUUCCGCACCUGGUUCAUGCUGCGCACACGAUGUCCAUGGGGCAGAACUGUCCGAGGUUUGCGGCCAAGGCUUCCUUCUCAGGCCCGUUACGAUAGAGCCCCCUACAGGUUCCCGCUUGACCUCCAGCAGAGCAUCACGGAUUAUGCCGAUCCGACAUGCCGCCGAAUCAUUUAUGCUCUGUACUCGCUUCCUCCAUCGGAGCAAGAUGCCACUACCAAAACCUUUCCGUUACAUCAGAUACGCUCCUGGAAACGGGAUAGCUUGCCGGAAUUACUUCGCGCAGGCGAGCCUAGACAGGAUUUGCUACUCACUUUCGACUGGACGGGGCUCAUGGAGAUCAGAGAUCCAAGCACGAAGCAUGAGCAUGAUUGGAACGACAGCUUCCUCUACCAGACCAUCAGCCAGAACGAUCCUCUCCAGGACAGCGAAGUUAUAUUCUACAGCCGGGUGUGCCUCCUCAAACCCCCACCGGAAUUUGAUGGAAAAAUGCUGCUCUGGGGCCGUUCAUUCGGCCACCAGAGACCGCCAAACAUGCAGCUGGAGGAUUCUUUCCUUGUGAUUCAGGGCAUACCACUGUUGAGCUGCGGCGACAUUACAUUCUUGUAUCAGCAAAAAACAUCCGAGAUCAUGCAAGUCCAUAUCCACACAAGAGAUCAGCCCUCCAGUAAAGGCACACGGGUACGCAUGGAAAGACAGCUCGGUACAAUCCUAGGGGCAAACUAUGUUCCGUUGUCUCCGCUCAACGACAGCUUCAAAGUCGUCAAGUGGGAAGAAGGCGGAUUCUCGGUCAGUUGUCCCCAGACUUGA